AUGCAAGCUCAUUUGAAAAGACAACUUGUCUUGCAAAACUGGUUAUUAUCUGAGGGAGAGUUCUUUCAUGUUCGUUGCUCAGCGCAUGUUUUAAAUUUGAUUGUGCAAGAGGGUUUGAAAGUAAUUGGUGAUGCAUUGGAAAAGAUUAGGGAAAGUGUCAAAUAUGUGAAGGGCUCUGAGGGUAGAAUGAAAAAAUUCAAGGAAUGCAUUAAACUCAUUGGCGGUAUUGAAACAUCGGCUGGUUUAUCUUACGAUGUUUCCACUAGAUGGAAUUCUACUUAUUUGAUGCUUCUAAGUGCAUUGAAGUACCGACGUGUAUUUGCAAGCCUUAGUUUUCAUGAUGAUAAUUAUAAGGUUUUCCCUUCCGAAGAAGAUUGGAAAAGAGGAGAUAAGAUAUGCACAUUCUUGUUGCCAUUUUAUGAGACAACAAACUUAAUUUCCGGAACGUCUUAUCCUACUUCCAAUUUGUAUUUUUUGCAAAUUUGGAAAAUUCAGUGUGUUUUGAUGGCAAUCAUCAAAGAUGAAGACACUCUUAUAAGAGACAUGGCUGAAAGAAUGAUGAUCAAGUUUGAGAAGUAUUGGAGUGAUUAUAGUGUGGUUCUUGCUCUAGGAGCGGUUCUUAACCCAGGGAUUAAGCUUACCUCUUUGGAAUACAUGUAUGAAAAAGUUGAUCCACUUACCUCAACAAUUAAAACAAAUGAAAUCAAGUAG